AUUUUCUAUUUAAAUACCACAAGUGGAACUUUUCUGAUCCAUUUUCCUUCAAUUCCAUUAUUUGGUACUGAAAGGAUCCUCAACACCAACUAUUGUUAGAGAGAGAAGCAGAAAGACUCCAAAACCAAAAAAGCAUGUCGGCAGUGAUGGCGAAAAUGAUGAGCAUAUCACCAGGUAUGCCCUCACCCUCACCAUCCCUAACACCGCCAUCGCCGUCGUCAAUUUCAGCGCCGGUCCGCACAAUCCCGGGCGGCUACGGGUGGCCGGUGCUGGGUCCGAUUUCCGACCGACUCGACUACUUCUGGUUCCAAGGUCCAGAAACAUUCUUCAGGAAGAGAAUUGAGAAACACAAGAGUACCGUGUUCCGUACAAAUCUUCCCCCAACUUUUCCUUUCUUCUACGGUGUAAACCCUAACGUAGUGGCCCUGCUGGAUUGCAAAUCUUUCGCUCAUAUGUUUAAUAUGGAGAUCGUUGAGAAGAAGAAUGUUCUCGUCGGAGAUUUCAUGCCUAGUGUUUCCUACACCGGCGAUUUGAGAGUUUGUGCUUAUCUUGAUACAUCUGAGUCUCUCCAUUCUAAGGUCAAGAACUUUGCGCUGGACAUCCUAAAACGAAGCUCCACCAUAUGGGUCCCCACACUCAGCUCCACCCUGGACACCAUGUGGUCCAGCAUAGAGUCCAGCCUCGCCAAGUCCGGCUCUGCCAGCUACCUCGUCCCGAUACAACAGUUCAUCUUCAGCUUCUUCACUCGCACUCUCAUCGGCGCUGACACGGCGGCUUCGCCUGAAAUCGCCAGUUCCGGCUACGCCAUGCUGGACAUCUGGCUCGCUCUCCAGCUCCUACCCACCGUCAAGAUCGGCAUUCUUCAACCCCUCGAAGAGCUCUUUCUUCACUCCUACGCUUACCCUUUCUUCCUCGUCAGCGGCGGCUACAACAAGCUCGUCAAAUUUAUUGAAGAACAUGGCAAAGAAGUUAUCCAGAGAGGCGAGACCGAGUUCGGACUCACUAAGCAUGAAACGAUUCACAACCUUCUCUUCAUUCUCGGCUUCAAUGCCUACGGCGGUUUCUCUAUUUUCUUGCCGACCCUGUUGAGCCAACUCGGAACCGACACAACCGGGAUUCAACAAAAGCUGAGGGAAGAAGUAAGAGCAAAAAGCGGGUCGACUCUGAGUUUCGACUCAGUAAAAGAAAUGGAACUCGUUAAGUCAUUCGUUUACGAAACGCUCCGACUCAACCCGCCCGUACCGCUUCAAUACGCUCGAGCGAGGAAGGACUUCGUACUGAGUUCGCAUGACUCGGCGUACGAGAUCAAGAAAGGUGAGUUACUGUGUGGUUAUCAGACCCUGGUGAUGAGAGAUUCGAAGGUGUUUGACGAUCCAGAGAAAUUUAUUUUCGAUCGAUUUACGAAGGAGAAGGGGAGUGAGUUACUGAGUUACUUGUACUGGUCGAAUGGGCCACAGACCGGGUCACCGAGCGAGUCGAAUAAACAGUGUGCGGCUAAGGACUAUGUUACGCUCACUGCGUGCCUUUUCGUGGCGCAUCUGUACCGUAGGUAUGACUCGAUCACGUGUAACUCGUCUGGGGCAAUCACGGCCGUCGAAAAAGCUAAGUGAGUUGAUGAGGAUGUACAUAAUAAAAUCAUGUGUACCGAAUAAUUGUAUUUUUAGUGUGCCAAAAUACUAAGAUAAAUUUAUCCACAUCCCACUUGCAUUUUAUUCUAAAAUAUUUAGUUCUGAGUUAA